UCUUCCCCACCAGCCGUUGUUUAUAAUCCGAUACUUCGGGGUUUUAUCAUGUCGUAUGAUUGACAAUCUAAAACAGAUAUCGCCGGCGCCGGUAAAUUUCGCCGGAGAAUUGAAUCAACUCCUCAUGACUCAGCUAGACUUGAGUGGAAAUUGCCGAAACUACCCAUCUAGGAAUGGGUUGGAGCUCCGGCGAGGCCGACCGACGUCCGAUAAUGUCGCCGAUAUUAACGGCAGAGUGUCGAAAAGGAAAAGGAAAGAAAUGGGCGCCGGAGAAGAAGAUGAAGAUGAAGAGGAAGAAUUAGUGGUGUCAUUAUUGUUUACGAUGCCGGAGAAGGGAGUCACCUGCAGGUCACAUGGGUUAGUAUCGUUGAUCGGACGUCGGAAGGAAAUGGAGGACGCGGCGGCGGCGGAGCUCGGGGUGGUGAUUAGAGGCGGGAAAGAGUACGAUUUUUUCGGAGUGUACGAUGGUCAUGGUGGGUCAGGAGUGGCGCGUGCUUGUCGCGACCGGCUGCACCGGUUGCUGAUGGAGCAGUUAGUAGAAGAAGAAGAGAAAGAGGAAAUCAAGUGGGAGAAAGUGAUGAAAGAAACGUUUAGCAAGAUGGACGAGGAAGUGAACUGGAAAGGGGCGGCGGUGGCGACGAUGGGGUCGACGGCGGUGGUGGCGAUGGUGGGGGCGGAGGAAGUGGUGGUUGCCAAUUGUGGGGAUUCUAGAGCUGUGCUGUCACGGGGUGGAGUCGCAGUACCCUUGUCAAAUGAUCAUAAGCCCGACAGAGCAGAUGAGCUGGACAGAAUCGAAAGUUCUGGGGGGAAAGUACUAAACUGGAAUGGGCAUAGAGUAUUGGGAGUUCUUGCUACCUCAAGAUCCAUAGGGGACCAAUACCUUAAACCAUAUGUGAUAGCGGAGCCUGAAGUGAUGGUGAGCAAGAGAGUCGACACGGACGAGUUCCUAAUACUAGGCAGUGAUGGCCUGUGGGACGUUAUCUCCAACGAAGCAGCUUGCCAGGUGGUACGAAGAUGUUUGAGCGGUCGAACGAGGGAACUAUUCUCCGCCGCCGAGGCUGCAAACAUUGUAAGUGAAAAUAAUGAUGUAAUCGCGAAACAAAGCCGGGCGGCUGAGGCGGCUGCAGUGCUGGCAGAAUUGGCAAUCGCCCGGGGAAGUCGCGACAACGUUAGUGUUGUAAUUGUUGAAUUAAGGAAAUCAUCGAAUCGUUAGUCAUGUCUAUAUCGAAUGUUCUACUACUUUUUUCCGGCCCCCCCUACUUUCUUUUCAUCA